ACCUUUGUGAAUCGGAUGGUGCGGCAUUUGUUGGGAAACAUCCGCUUGAUCUCCGGUACGGCGAUGCUUCUUCGUUUAUAGAACAUAUGGUGAUAGUCCAUCCAUCCAAUCUAUGGAUACACGAGGCAAUGGGUUUGUUUGCCGUAUUGUUCAAGAAGGAUUAUAUAUUUCUCCUACUCUGGGUUUGGUGAAAGAGAAUGGAUCUCGUCAUAUGCGAGGCUCCAUUGGACAACAGUUUCCAAAAAGAAAAACUCGUGCUCGUUAACAAAGGUUCCUUAGGUCGGCGUCGGAAGCCCUCCCGAGCCAAUUUAAAAUUGCUUUUGUCACCGUCUACCGAUACCUUUCCAUCAACUUCAGCCAAGCAAACAUCUCAACCGUCGCCAAUUAACAAUGUAAUAAAAUCUGCUCCAACAACACCUGUGUAUGUAGAACGAAAAAUUAUUGUAAAUAAGAAGAAGGAAUAUAACCCAUCCCGUUAUUCUAAAAUAGGAUUAAAAAUUGAGUCAAGCUUACCUCGAACCUUUCCAGAACCUAACGAGUACGUGAACGACGCACAACAGUUCACCAUCGAGGCAAAAUUAAAGCGCAGAAAGUCUGAUUCAGGUAGAAGUGCAGUUCUGAUUCAAACCUGGGAAAGGCGGACUAGAAGUGAUUCUUUUUCUAGACUGACGAAGCCGAAAUCUAUAACCAGAAGUAAACGAUUUCAGAAUAAAGAGAACAUGGGUGGUGCCACCGUAACACAUGACUCCCAUUCAACUUAUCCUAACCUCAACGGCUGUGCCAAAAAAGACCGAUGGUCAAAUGGUGGCGAAUUCGUAGCCAGUGUUCGAGAUGGUUAUCACAACGGAACAAUGGUUCAUCGAAAUGCCGUUAAUGAUUUUAAUCAUCGUAAAGUCAACACGCAGCCGCAUCUCAAUCAUCGUAAAUCAGUAGAAAAGGAGCCAGAAUGGGUUAGUCUGAGUCGAAAACUUCGUGCCAAAUUUGCAGAGGGACAUAUUGAUCAAGAUUCCGCCGAUUCCUAUCCAUACGAGGAACCGGAAGGAGUAGACAACGGAGUUCCACAACAGUCUGUAGUUCUUCCAAGUGUAAUAGCAAAUGAGCCGAAGAAGACCGCUAUUCAACAGCCUCAGAAACCAGAUAAGAAGAUCAGGGUCGUUGUUGAUAUAACAGAAACAAAAUCUGAAAAUGGAGAACCACCUUGGAUUCAACUGAGCAGAAAAUUAUGCACGAAAUUCAUUGAAGAGCACAUAGAAUAUCCUCUGGUGUCAGGUGAUGUUCCCGUACACGUUCCUCCAGAUGUUCUAGAAUGCAAUGGUGACGUUCGAAUUAUUGAGAAAAUUGGAAAGAAAGAAAAAAGAUCAAAAUCUCGAAAAGAAUCUGAACCUGAAUGGGUUAGUCUCAGUAAAAAAUUGAGAGCGAAGUUUAUUGAAUCCCAUAUAGAUGACCCAGACACCAUAUCAUUGGAUAAUCAGUUGAAUGCGUCGGAUCCUGAGGAAACUAGUUCCGAAUCUUUGUCCGAUUUAUCGCCAGAAGUCUCUCCACUGAAGAAAUUUCACAACGAACCGAAACAUUACGAUCCUAUUUGUAAUGAUUCAACGAAAGCUUGUAAUGCAAAUGGAAAUUCUGAAAAGAGUGUUACAUGCGUGCAACCCAAAGUCAUAUCUUAUGAAGAAAAGGAAUGUUGUUGGCAGUAUCAAGAAAUGGAGUUUGAUCAAGAGUCUUCCGGUACAUUUCACGAAUCAGAGAGCUUAGAAGACAAUCUAUUAAACAGCAGCAGGAAUGACGCACAGCAAUUUAAAUCCUGCAAUGGAUAUAUUUCUCAAAACAACUCAGCACAAUUCGUUUCUGACGUGCAAGUCUAUCCCAAUAGUAUGUCGUUUGCAGAAACAAUUAAUACAGAACCUUUCUAUAAUGCUGAAUGCUACAACAACGAUGUUCGCUUUCCGCCAGCUUAUGUCGAUAAUUCUACUACUUUCUCUCACUUAAAUUAUCAAAAAGGUUCUGAAUCAAACAAAAAGCAUAUCACCGUACAAAUAGUGUCCCGGCCCAGUUUAAAGAUUUCUGACACCAACACUAAAGAAAGUUCUCCAGAUAGAUUGCCAAUAGAUUACUCACCUUCUAGCAAUGGCAAUGAUUUUUUUAAUAUUUCGACAUGGGAAGAAGCUCAUUAUGCGUCUGAUGACGCUGAAUACGAAAGAAAUCAAAAUCCUAGCCCCCAGACUGGAUUAAUUAAAGGCUUCAAAUCAAAAUCUAUGGAUAAUAUAUGCGAUGAUAAUGAUGAAAGUUUAUUUGAAAAGCCUUCAGCGAUGCAAAGUAAAGAAAAAACUAAAACAGGAAAAAUAGGAGCAUCUUUAGUAGACUUAAACUCGAUUAACAAAUCAGAAACAUUGCCUAGUGAAAUAGAUCUUCGUAUUCCAUACGAAAAUGAUUUUCGUGGUUUAAAAGAAAAUAAGCAUACAGCAGCAAAAAAUGUUACAGAAAUUCCUGUUUCAGGCUGUAUGUCGAAUUCCGACUCUUUCAAAAAAUCACAAGAGGUAAUAGAUAAGGUUCAAAAUGCUUCCUCAACCAAAAAUAUGGAAAAACCUAAUAACAAGUCUAAGCAGGAUAAAACAGGCGACGCAAAAAAGCAUUACAAGUGUAACGGUGUUAUCCCAAACUCAAUAAGAAUGCCAGAAAAAAACGUGGUUAACGCUAAAGGAAACACUAAUCCGCAGAUGGCUAGUGAAAAAAUAUCAAAUAAUGCCUUUAACGGAAACAUUGAGGUAAAAUUGGAAAGAAAACUUAAUGGCGCUGAUGUAAUUAAUGAGUAUGCUAAUGUUAAUGAGUAUGCUAAUGUUAAUCCCUUGGCAGGACAUAAUAUGAAUACGAUAAAUGAAUUUGAGAACAGCAAUGAAAAAUUAAAUUAUGCGCACUCUAAUACAGCAAAUGACAAAAAUGAAUCACCCAAUUCAACAAAGGUUUCGAAUGGCCAUAAUAGCUAUGCACUUGUAAAGAAAACCGGUACUGAAAAAAGUAACUUAAAUCCUAAUGAUGCCAAUAGAAAUAUGAACAUUAUCUGUGAUAAACAAGAAAAUAGGGAUUUCAAUGAAAACUCUUCGCAUUUAAAAACGAAAUCAAAGAGUUUGUGUGACAUUUCAAAGCAGAAAGAAUAUGCGAGCUCUUCAGAUGAAAGUUCACUGAUUCAGAACCAAAGAAAACUCAGUCAAAAUAGUUUUUCUCCGAGCGCUGCUGCCAACUCAACGGGAUUUUCUGCCUUAAGGUUUCAACAUUUUGCUAGUGAAGCAGAUAUCCCGUUAUGUGCAAAACUAAUAAAGCAAAAUGGAAAACUAUCAACUUCUUCAGUAUCAUCUUCAUCAAACAGGAAUGCAAGCCCAUGCUCAGAAUCUUCUCAUGUAUACGAAGAUAUGUUUAAAGAAACGACAUCAUGCCCUUCGGACUCUGAGACAUCCAGCUGGACAGUCAUGAAGAAUAACAGCUAUUACAUUAAUGGACGCUCCUCGUCAAUGAAUGAUUUAGAUUAUUCAGAUUCAUGUUCUAUGUCUGUCAAAUGCGAUUAUGCAUCAAGUUGUUCGGAACAUAGUACUCUACAAAGCAGGCAUUCUAGUUGCACAAGUUCUAGUUUUUAUGUAAAUUUAAGGGAUUACGAUUCCCAUAUGUUAGAGCCCAGUCUGAAACGCCAUAAAGAGCAUAGUAAAAAAGUUGGUAAUGGUAAUUCCUCGAAACUUAUGAAUAGUAAUCCUCCAACUCCAGAAUCACUUCGCCAUUUGUUCACCUCUCCUUUCAAUUCCAUUCCAAAUCGGGGAAACAGGUUGAUGAAUAAGCUACCAUCAGAGCCAGAGAUACAUUAUUAUUCAACCGCCGCAGUUGCCAGCACUGCUUUCAAACAUGGAUUUGAUCCAGCGCCACCGAAGCCAAAGAAAUCAGAAAGAAGUUCGUCAAUAAAAAUAAAAGAUAUAGCUCAUGGCAUUAUUUUAACAUUUAAAAAAUUUCAGAAUCAUUCGAAGAGCUCUCACGUGUCUUCCACCCACUACGUCGAUGUUAGUCACCUUGCUGAAAAUGGCGUUAAACCACACUGUAAACCAAAGAAAGACCAUAAGGAUAAAAACGGCAAGCAGGACAGGAAAGGUUUUUGGGGCAAUAAAACUGAUAGCGAUUCUGGUUGCCCAUUAUCGGCUUCUGAAAUCCAAAGAGCCAAAGCUAGAAGAGCUUCGAGUGACUUGACCGGACUGAAGCCAAAAUUUACAGCAUUAAACCAGAAUCCACUCUUCAUAGAUGACGAAGCUCCUUCGGAAAAGAAAAAAACUAAAAACGGCAAAAAAACCUCCAGUGCCCGAGAUAAAGCAAGAAAAAAUCGAAGUAAAUCUGUUGAGCCUAAAGCCAUACCUACAGUUAGUAGAAAGGUUCAACAAUUAGCGGACGGUACUUUUUACCUGGUGACAACUGUUUCUGGUGAUACAGCUCUUCCUGGUGUCUACUCAGAUUCGCCAGACACAUCGAGUGAAUUGAGUACACAUAAGCCUGUCAAGCCCACUGGGGAAUCUAACUGUUGAAGAUCAUAGCUGUGAGAGAAUAUCAGAGCAUACAGCAAUUGUUCAGAAGCGUUAGUCGGGGUCCUAGUUGAUACUGGGGCUUAGUGAUAUUUAUGAUGCGCAUUUAAAGAAAAAUAACGCCAAGUUAAGAAAAAAAUUAUAAACGAAAUCAGUUAUGUUCUAAGAAUUUUGUUAUACUUGGUUUAAUUGGUCACGUUAGUUGUUGUUUUUCGAAUUUUGUUGCUUUUCGAAUCCGGUCGACCUCCUUAAAUGAGACUGAUUUUUAUGAAACUGAUUUUGAACUAAUCAGUACUUAGUAAGACACCUUUUGUAAAUUUUUGUAAUAUAUCCCUAUUUUAUGCUCCACUUAGAAUUUAAUCUUAAAAUUUUGUUACACUUGUCUUUACUGGUCACUUUAGUGUACUAUUUUGUUGUUAUUUGAAUGAGGUCGACCACAAGAAUGAGACUGAAUUUAAUAAAACUGACUUUGGACUAAUCAGUACUUAUUAGGACAGCUUUGUAAAUUUUUGUAAUUUACUUUAUUUUAUGCUUGAUUUAGAAUUCCAUUAAAUUUUUUUAAAAUUUUGUUACUGUUGGCUUUGCUGGUCACUUUAGUGUACUAUUUUUUGUUAUUUGAAUGAGGUCGAUUGAGACUGAUUUUAAUAAACUGACUUUGGACUAAUCAGUACUUAUUAGGACAGUUUUGUAAAUUUUUGUAAUAUACUUUAUUUUAUGCUUGAUUUAGAAUUUCAUUCAAUUUUUUUCAAAUUUUGUUACUGUUAGCUUUGCUGGUAAAAGGUUUGAUUUUGUUUUUGCUUUAGAUCUGGUCGACUUAAAUUAGACUUCUUCAGCAAAACUGAUUUUAACUAAUCAGUAAUUUAUUAAAAUAGCUUUUUUGUAAAUUUGUGUAAUAUAUCGUAAUUUAUGUUUGAUUUAAAAAAAAGUGCGAUUAUUUGUACUUAAGAUAUUUAUAUUUGAAGUAGAUGCAAAUGAUAAACAUUUGGUGUGUCACUGUAUUGAGAACUACUAUGAAGUCAAUUUUUUAGAAAUAUUUUACUAUUUUUUAGUCAGAUUUAUUAGUACGUUUACUCCGUUGAUCGGAAUACAUAAAAUAAAGAGGAAUUCUAUUGAAUUCUAUUUUACACUAAUACUUACUGCUGAUAAAAGUGUUUGCUUUUUAUACUGUACCAUGUAAAUGUUGAGAUAUUCUUUUCAGUAUUUUUAACUUUUUAAAAACAUGUAAAUAUUUCUGAAAAAUUAUACAAUGAUUAAAUUUUUAACUUCGUUAUGGAUUAUCAGGUUCUGGAUUAUCUGAUCCCAUUUUGAUAAUUCCUUAUGCAUCACGGUAUUUUUCGUUUUACCUAUAGAACUUCAUAGCAUAAUUUAUGCGGUAAUAAAUAAAUGUACAUACAUAUAUUCACCCAGCUGACGAUGAAAAACUUAUUGUAAAAAAGAAAAAAGUCGAAUAGUUUACUCAUGAAAGCAAUUAUGUAAAUAAAGAGAUUCUUAGUGUAUAAAUUAUUAAAUUUUCGUUUAUUUUCAAUUCGAAUCAAUCACGUGUUUCCAGUAAUUGUGCGUCAAAUUUCUGAAUCAUAAAAAAAUAUUUUAUUGUUAUUUCUUUAUUGGUUUACCAGAAAAAAUGUGAAAUCAAAUGAAUUUAUGGAAUUACUUUUAAAAAGUUAAUUCAAGUACAGCUUUAAACCAAAGUCUUGUAAUAUUCUGAAUUGUAAAUUAUAUGCACAAAAUUAUAUAACUACACGUUCAGCAUUUUGAUACUUUUGUAUUUUUUAUUUUGUUGCCUCAAUAAAUAAAAUAUUUCAUCAGUG